GUCUGUCAUUUCUGCCAAUGACGUUACCGAAACUGAUUCACGGUAAAGGACUGGGAAAAGUUAUAACGAGAUCAGUAAAGCGAGAUAAGGCCACUUACACACAGAACACGCACAGAGUGUCGGUGAUUCUUUGUGAAUCCAGAAAAUACUAAUACUAACCGAGCAGUUGAGGCAGAGUGUUAGACGGUUUCACUGAAGGCGAUGACUGUAGUCACAAUUGUCAUCUUUCUUGUGGGAGCAGUCCUGUUUCAGCUGAAGACAACAGCCGCAAAUUUUGAUGUUCGGUUGGUUGGCGAUCCAACUCCGCCCUUCUCGUAUGGCCGUGUUGAAGUACUGAUCAAUGGAACCUGGGGCACAUUCUGUAGUAGCGCUUUGCGAUGGAAUCUACAGAACGCACACGUAAUUUGUCGUCAGCUGGGAUUUGAUGGAGCUGUCACAGCGUCCUCCAGUGGUGGGUUUGGUGAAGGAACAGGAAGUAAAUGGGCAAACAAUUUACAGUGUUUAGGUAACGAAACUUCAAUAUCUGAAUGCAAGCACAACAAAUGGAUGUCAGUCAGGUCUUGUGGCUUUGCACAGGCACACAGUGCAAACAGCGCCAUGUGUAAACAGCCAGUGCGCCUGAUAGGAGGAACAUCUCCUAAUGGAGGCCUGGUGCAAGUGUAUUACAACAGGACCUGGCAAUGGGUCUGCGGUGUACACUGGGACAAACAAGAUGCUGAUGUGGUUUGUCGUUGACUGGGAUACUCGAACUCCUCUGAAAUUUACACCAACACGACUCAAGUAGGAGACAAUGAUACAACAUGGAUAAACAACGUCCAGUGUAC